AAUAAAACCCACCAUUUGUUUUGACUUUCAACCCCCAUUUGCCCACUUAUUAUUUUCCCCUCGUCUUCUUCUUCAAAUUCCUCCAAUUUCAGGCCCUUCCUUCAAAAUAAUUCUCUGUUUUCGUGGGUUUUCCUUCUCUCUAAUGGGCUGUGCGAUCUCCAAGCAGAAACGAUGCCCCCACUGCCGGAACUCCCUGACGCAGAGAACCAACUCUCUUCAUCCCCACCAAUCGCCGCCCCGGCACUCCGAUGGCUACCAUGUCCUUGCCUUCUCCUCCUCCACUCUUGGCUCUCUCAAGCUCGAAAACAUUCACUUCGACAACAAAAUCUACACCACCGUUGAUGAGCCUCUCCAACCCAAAAAUAACGAGACCAAGAACCAGGUUUCAAUGGGCCUAAUUGACGCCAAAACUUGGUCCAACAUGAUCAACAAAAAAAUUCCCAAAAUUCCUCCCAAAACUCCAAUCAUCACGCCGCCCGGCGAGCCCGAGACCAUUAACGUUUGGGAAGUCAUGGAAGGCCUCGACGACAUUACUCCCUUCCGCUCCACAUCUCGGCCCCGAAGCUUCUCCUUCGAUCUCAGUACAGCUCCACCAUGUGAUUCCUCAGAACAAGGAAUUUCAAAUUCAAAUUUGCAGGAAUUUGACGAUUCCUCCACUUCCCAUAAGCCAUUCUGCCUUCAAAAUACGGAAUUGGACACUGAAGUGAUAUCUUCAAUCCGGAGAUCGUUAGAGGAGCAUCCACCGGAGGAGGAAACUUCGGCGGAAACAGUCGCCGGCGACCCUCCAGAGGGCAAAAACAGAGAGAAAGUGGUGGUGUACUUCACGAGCCUAAGAGGGGUUCGGAAGACAUACGAGGACUGCUGCGACGUGAGAAUGAUUUUGAAAUCAAUGGGAGCUCGAGUGGACGAACGGGACGUGUCGAUGGAUUCCGGGUUCAAACAGGAGCUAAAGGAGCUGCUGGGAGAAGGGUUCAACGGCGGCGGAUAUCCGAGAGUGUUCGUCGGAGCAACAUACAUUGGUGGGGCAGAGGAAAUUCGGCGACUUCAUGAAGAUGGGGAGCUGGAGAAGAUUUUAGAAGGGUGCGAGAAAGUGGAGGAGGGCGGCGGGGGCGACGGAGGAGGAUGCUGUGAGGGUUGUGGGGAUGUGAGGUUUGUGCCAUGUGAGACAUGCUGUGGAAGCUGUAAAAUUUACUGCGAAGAAGGUGAAGAGGAGGAGGAGGAAGAAGAAGAAGAGGGUGGAUUUCAGCGGUGUCCUGAUUGUAACGAAAAUGGGUUAAUUCGGUGUCCAAUUUGUUGUGGUUAAUGUAAUUCAAAGGAAUUUUUGUUUCCUUUAAAUUUGUGUUUUCUGUUUGGAUUGUUUGUUGUACAGUGAAGAGAUUUGGUUUGUCUGGCGAGCGUUGAGAUUGGAUGUAAUAUUUUUCAACACAUACAUAACAAAAAAAACAGCAUUAUUUAU